ACCUUGCACCUACUAGAUACGAACUCACUACUUUAGUUCAGUCCGGCCAUUCAGAAUAAUACUGUCAAAAACAUCCUAGACUUCUUCGUACGGCUCUCAAUUUCUCCGUCGCCCGCAUCGUCACGUCUGGUCGCCUUCAGCUGCACAAUGACUCGAGACUAUCCAUAUAAGUCUCGCAAUGGCCUCGUGGUUGUUGCAACUACGAUAAUUAAAACCGAGCCUUGAACUGGCACACAAUACACUGAGAUGGCGGGUACGUUUCUCCUCGUAACGGCGCAUUUCGCGCUUCAAGCCGCAGCAAGAACUGUUCGAUCACCGACACCACCCAUGGGCUGGAAUUCGUACAACACCUGGAACUGCUCACCAUCGGAAGAGAAGAUCAAACAGAGCGCCCAAGGCCUUAUCAAACUUGGUCUUGAUAAAGUCGGUUACAAGUUUGUGACCGUGGAUUGCGGCUGGCCGUCGCGCGACCGAGAUGCUGAUGGAAAACUUCAAUGGAAUGCCACUCUCUUUCCUUCAGGCGGAAAGGCACUCGGCGACUUUAUUCACGGACUGGGGCUAGACUUCGGACUCUACUCUGGGGCUGGAUAUCUGCAGUGCGGAUCUACAGACUUGCCCGCUAGUUUGGGGUUCGAGCAGGUAGAUGCAAAGAGCUUCGCGGAAUGGGGUGGAGAUAGCCUGAAAUAUGACAACUGCUAUGCCACUUCAAAAACGACCAUGGUUGACUCCAGCUCUGCUGAGGCCCAGUCUCCAGCGCGUUUCCAGCACAUGGCCGCUGAGUUGGAAGCAGUUAACCGCGACAUUCAAUACUUUCUCUGCCAGUGGGGUAUUGGCACCAAUGUCGGCAAAUGGGCAGCGGGUAUCGCAAACUCGUGGAGAAUCAGCAACGACAUCUACAAUGGGUGGCGCAGCAUCUGGCGUAUCACGAACGAAGUCGUGCCGUACUUUAGACAUACAGCAAGAGGUGCUUUUGCAGAUAUGGAUAUGUUGACUGUUGGCCUCAAUGCACUAUCGGUUGAGGAAGAGCGUUUUCAUUUCGGCAUGUGGGCUAUCAAUAAGUCACCGCUCAUAAUUGGCGCAGCGCUUGAUCCAGGCCGCCUCAGCAAAUCCUCGCUUGACAUCUUGUCCAACAAAGAAGUAAUUGCAAUCAACCAAGAUUCUCUCGCUGAGCAAGCGCGCCUAGUCCGUCGCUACACCCAGGAGGAAUGGGACAUCUGGUUAGGCAAGCUCUCAGAAUCCAGGCAGGUAUUGGCUAUUGCCAACUGGAAGAACAACUCGCAGAGUGUGAAAAUUGACCUACCGUCCCUGGGUAUCGCAUCAGCCAACGCCCGCGAUGUUUGGGCCGCGAAGGACCUCGGCACUGUUUCUGGAUCGCAAAACAUCAACUUGGGUGGACACGAGUUGCGACUAUGGUUGCUUUCCAGCAUUACUACGGCCGCUCCUCUCAAGUCCACAUCAUACUAUGCCGCCGCGAAGGCGUCAGUUACGGGCUCAGCUCGAGUUGUCAAGUGCGCGACUGGUACAUGUCUGCCUAAUGGAAAUAAAAUUGGAAACAUUGACUCAAAAGGCGGCGUAACCUUUGCCAACGUGGAAACCAAGUCUGCCGGCAAGCGACUGGUCGGUAUCGACUUCAUCAACUACGACUAUGCAUUCACUACUGCUUGGGGAUGGGGGGACAAUACAAGGAAUAUGACAGUCGCGGUGAACGGCGGCAAAGCAAAGAGGUGGGCAUUCCCGCUCUCGGGAGGCAACUGGGAGGAGAGUGGACGUCUGGUAAUUGAAGCAGACGGAUUCGUUAAAGGUACGGGGAAUAGCGUGGUAUUCGGAGGGUUUGAACAAGGCUUUGCACCGGAUCUAGUAGGCUUUGAGGUUCUGGAGUGAAAAACGCUCCACAAGAACUUGGGCCUUGAUAUGUCCGCGUUAGACUAGCAGUGUUACUCUUACGUCAAGGGAGUGCUCAAAGGACAAUAAUCAGGGC